UUAUCUUACAAAACACAAGUAUUUUGGGCUACCUGUGGUUUCGAGUCCACAGUCCUCACGUGCUGAUACUUAUAUUCCGUGACUUCGUUAAUAUUUAACAUGACAUAUUGAAAUUUCUCACWCAUGAGAAAACAGUAAAGAAUCGUUUGUACACUUUUAACACCUAACAUAAUAAUGCUUCUUCGUCGAAGAUACAGARCCCUAUUAGCAAUAGGUGUCGUGCUUUUAGUGGUGAAAAUAUAUAUUUAUUUUAGCUACAAAAGCUUCGCUUACUACACUAACCAAGCUUGGAAUCCAGUCGUUAAAUGCUACAACACGAAGCAACACCUUCAGCAGCUCGUGGAUCUGACUCACGACGUUCAUCACAUCUUGAAUAAGAUGGAUAUUGAACACUGGCUUAUUUAUGGUUCGAUCUGGGGAGCCAAGCGAGUUGAAGGUCCACUGCCUUGGGACAACGAUGUUGAUAUUGGAUUCAGUGGAGAGUCAUACUCCUUUUCGUUUCGUACUCUCGACGAAUUUCUGAAACCUUUUAAAGACGCAGGGAUGACUGUGAGGAACAAAUGGCGUCAAAGUGGCACAAUAACUAUCUCGAAACCAAAUUUACCUCUAAGUCUUGACCUUUUYGCAUUUUAUGAGCAUAAUGGAUGGAAGAAGAGAACAGGACUUGAAYCGUGGCUGUUCUUCUUGAACUAUGAUUAUUACCACACUUUUCCUUCGUGGACAGUAGAACCACCUUUACCAGAAGUCCGCUUUGGUCACUUUAACAUUUCGAUUCCCAAAGGGGAAUUUACGGCUCUUAAAUAUUUAUAUCGGGAUAAUUGGUGGACUGAAGUUAAACCAAAAGGUUGCUUAUAAAAUGGUAAUCCGCCCAUAAUAUUUGUUUGAUCUCGGCAUUUUCAAACAUGAAUCCUAUUUAUACGGUGUGACAACUACUAGGAUGUUUUUGAUUUUUCCCCCUAGUGGCUGCAAAAAUUCACUUACUGGCUGUUAAAAUUCACUAGGAAGUUUUUAAAAAUUCUUCCAACAUUGGGAAUCGUGCUAGUUCGAAACGACAUGCUGCUAAAUAAUGUUUCAAUGAGAARAGAAACAGCUGGAAAUACGAAUGGAAUCGUGUGGAAAAAGUAAAACGAAACAAGAAUGCAACGAAAGUAGAUUUUAUACGAAGCUGUGAAAGAAAAAUAAGUUAAAGAAAACAGUAUUUAGCGGCUUCGCAAAACGGAUUUUUACGAUUCUGCGAAAAACGUCCGUCACGCAAUACAAAUGCAAAUUCGUGAUUAUACUGACGUCUCAUCGAGACAAACUAUUGUUUUAACGCUAGGGAUCAUGCAUGGUCGCUUGAUUGGGAUGGAAUGACAACAACACAUCUUAAAUGAAAAUGAAGUUUGGUUUAUGAGCUGGUGAAGGCUAAAUAUUACGCUAAAUAUCUCGAGAGAAGAGCCUAAAUUUCUAUCAUUUUAUCCGAAGUAAACAAACCGUGACGUCAUUAUGAAUUAGGGCAAUUGACAAAACUCUCACUAGUAUUUUUAAUAUUUAAAUUUUAAAAUGCUAAUUUUAUAUGAUUAAUAAUCUAGAUUUUAUUAGAAUAAUUCAAAACAGUGCAUUAAUUAUGCCAGUUUUGCUAUUUUGUUAUUUUUAUAUGACACCGUUCCYGCAAUGAAAAGUCUUAAUAUUUUUACACAAAUGAAUAUGAUAUAUCCUGCAUGCUCAUUGGUCACAAUUUAYCUCUUGUGCUGUUAUAUUCAUCUACAGGUGAAUAUAAUGAGGUGAAUAUAACGUGCACACGCUAGUUUGUCAGUUAGUGCUGUUUGCAGAGAUAUAUAGAAUUUGAACAACAAAAUUAAAAAGCCUUCUCCCUCCUAUUAUUUAUUAAAUUCACUUGUGUUCAAAAUACUAAAACAAUAAUUAUUCACCUCAGGGUCAGUGAAUAUYGGGGAAUAGUUACCRAGGUGCAAGCUUUUGAGCAUUAUUCUCCGAUACUCACCAAGCCUAAGAUGAAUGAUUGUUAAAUAUUCAUGUGAUAAUGAAAACUCCAAAAUAAUCUAUUAGAUUACAUUAAUAAAUAAUUGAAAAACGUUUAAGUAUUUCAACAUUUUAAAUUAAUUAUUUAUAUAAUUUAUAGGGUAAAUAUAUCUAAAAAAAUAAUAGAAUAUGAAUUUAUAUAUUUUGAUUUAUCAAUAUUUUAUUUUACUGAUUCUAAUAUGUGAUAAAAAUAAUCUAUUAAUAUUUCAAAUGUCAGAUGAAUAAAGAUAAAAGAAA